AUGGACCAAGGAACCUCUGUGCUUGAAACCCUUGCUUUGCCUCCAGUUGAGGCAAACGAGGACCUGACUUUGGAUCAUGUGCUGGAUGAUGACAUUUCCGAAUUUCUUGUGGAUAUUUGUGGUUCUACUCUGGAUGAAGCUGACCCUCCGCUCACGGAGGAUGCUGCUGUCUCCGGUCGACUCGGGACGGGUGAGGCACCAACAUCAGCCCCGGCAGCGCCCCGACCUCUGACUUCUGUCGCGUCCAGCACUCGUGCUACGCGGUGGAGGCCACGUCACGGCGCGAUCGGGUCUUCUGGGGCUGUCCCACCUGUAGCUGAUGUCCCGGCUUGUCCUGCUCCUACUUCUUGGGUGGCUGUUUCGGCUGCGCCCCGACCAAUUAUAACUCGUUGGGGCCCUCGACUCGUAAUGACGCUACCCAUCACUGGGCGACGGAAUCGCACUCGACGGCCAUCCUCCAGCGUUCCUGAUCCCCCUUUGUUCGACCGCACCGCGCCUACUACGGCAGCUCCACCUGCUGAUUCGCCGAUAGCUCCGCCACCAUCCCUGUCAGUGGUGGAGCCUACUGACCACCCAGCGGUUCCAGAGCCCUGGCUACUACGUUUUGACGGGGCUUGUCGUCGGAACCCUGACUUGUGGCGCUGGUGCGGUGGUAACAGACGCGUCUGGUACUGUGGUUUGGACGUGCUCCCACUUCCUGCCUGCCUGCGGUAA